AUGGCACCAUCAAAGCUUCUACCAGCCGCCAACUACUCGCUCGACUCGAUCUUCUGGCCCAAGACCAACACCGCCAAUUACUUUUCUGGAAAUCCGUUGAAUCGUGUAUCUUUCUUGCGCGCUGACCAUGACUUUCUCAGUUCUGCGCUCAAGCAUCCAAGUGCAUCGUUCCUUCUACUGAACGAUCUGGCACCGCUGGCACGAGAUCCUUCUACACUUGCCUACACUACCCUUGAUGAUAUUAGAGACUUGGUGGGGGAUAAUCCUUUUUCAAAGAGCGAGGAGGAAUUGAUUGCAGAGUAUGAUUCCUCUAUUACACUACCACUAAUGCUGUUCUUGGGGAUCGAUGAAAGGAAACAGGAAGGCUUUGAAUAUGGAUUAUUUAAAGGGAAGCCUUACUUUUCCGUCGACAUCACACCAAAGGGAACGAUUGAGAGACAGGCACUCGGCAUUAUUGAUAAAAUGAAAUCGCGCAACUUGUGUUUCCUCGAAGGACGCACUCACGUGAUGCUGAGCGCCGCAGAAGCUGCAAUGUAUGCACAAGCACGAGCCCUCACCGACUGGAAUGCACGAAACCCCUUUUGCGCAGCUUGUGGGAAACCUACGCUAGCUGUAAAUGCUGGGAUGAAACGUACUUGUCCCUCGACCGACCGCGCUCCUUCACCCACCGCCUUAAAGUCCGCAAAAGACCAGCGAUCCCCACAGCCGCGCCCCCCAUGCAGAACAAGAAACGGUAUCUCCAACCUGUCCUUUCCACGUACGGACCCUGUCGUAAUCAUGGCCGUCAUUUCACACAACUAUGAUCGCAUAUUGCUCGGUCGCCAGAGGUUUUGGCCUCCGAAACUCUAUUCUACAUUAGCAGGUUUUGUUGAGCCCGGCGAAAGCAUUGAAGAGGCGGUACGACGAGAGGUCUGGGAGGAGUCGGGUGUUCAGAUCGGAAAGGUGAUGAUACAUAGCUCACAGCCAUGGCCUUACCCCGCAAGUUUAAUGAUCGGUGCCAUCGCACAGGCACUUCCUGACGGAGAGACUAUUCAUCUUGAACAUGAUCCUGAAUUAGAAGAUGCCCAAUGGUUGGGACUUGAGGAGAUCACGGUAGCUCUAGAUUCUAGCACCAAUGGACUCGGUGAAUUAGGAGAAGGCACGGAAGGUUGUGGAUUAAAAGUACCGCCACGAACCGCUAUUUCGAAUCAACUACUAAGAGCUGCCGUCGUUGCAUUAUCGGCCAUCGGAAAUAUCUGA